CCCGAUGUCGCCUUUGCUGCGCGCCGUGAUUCGAUGUCGCCGGACGCAUUUAACGGUCCAUGGUGCCCUCCGGGAAUAGCCUGCUCUUGAAGUGUUGCCCGUUGUAGCUAUUAUACCACUACUCUAUUACCCUUUUUGCUGCAAGAUUGAGACAGCCCGGUCCACCAACAGAGCCUCACAGACGUCCGAGAAGAGACACCGAGCGUUGACGUUAUCACCAUACCCUUUUGUGAAUUGACUCCAAUUGAUUCCACCAUUCAAGAUGCCGUCUGUCGCAGCCACCCAGCAGGAGGCUACUGUCGCCGACAACAACAUCGUCGGAGGCCACCCUGACAGCCGCCCGCGCAUCUCGCAGCCGCUGACUUACACGGGCAGCCUGGAUGACAUCAAGCAGGCCGACGUGACGCCCGUCAUUGGGCGGGAGUUCACCGGGCUCCAGAUCCGGGAUCUCCUGCGGUGGGACGAGCGCCUGAUCCGAGACCUCGCCGUGACCGUCUCCCAGCGCGGCGUCGUCUUCCUCAAGGACCAGGACGUGACCCCCGGCGAGAUGAAGGAGUUCAUGCUGCGGCUCACCGAAUUGGGCGGCUGUCCCGCCAGCUCGGAUCUGCAUGUGCACCCUCUGACCGAGGAGGGCAGCGAGCUUGGCGACCAGAUCAGCGUCAUUUCGAGCGAGAAGCAGAAGAAGGGCGGCGGCUUGACCCAUCAAUUGAGCGACGUCAGCCGCUUUGCCAGUGCUGGAUGGCACAGCGACAUCACCUUUGAGAAGGUCCCCUCAGAUUACGCCAUGCUCAAGAUCCACACCCUCCCUGCUACGGGAGGCGAUACUCUCUGGGCUUCUGGUUAUGAGAUUUAUGACCGCCUUUCACAGCCAAUGCAGCAACUCUUCGAAGGCCUGACUGCUACGCACGAUGCCUCCUUCUUCCACGACGAGGCCGCCCGUCUCGGAAACCCUCUCCGCAAGGGCGUCCGCGGCUCGCCGCUGAACCAGGGCGGCAACCUCACAGCCAUCCACCCCAUCAUCAGAACCAACCCCGUAACAGGUUGGAAGUCGGUGUUUGUCAACCGGGGCUUCACCAAGCGCAUCAACGGCGUCUCCAAAGACGAGAGCGACGUGCUGCUCAACUACCUCUUCAACCUGGUGACGCAGAACCACGACGCGCAGGUGAGGUACCGCUGGAGCAAGAAUGACUGUGCCAUCUGGGAUAACCGGUCGACUUUCCACUGCGCUACGUAUGACUACGAAGCGGCUCGCGCAGGUGACAGGGUCUGCAGCUUGGGCGAGGCGCCUUAUCUGGAUAUCCAGAGCAAGGGUCGCCGAGAGGCUUUGGGUAUUUAAUGGAAAUGAACUGUAAAGAAUAGGACAAUGUGACAUGACAGAAUGAAUAUUAAGCACAAAAUUAUGGGAUUUGUAAAAAAA